ACAACUUGUACUAGUUACUCGUCAAUUUUAGUCGGAAGAAAAAAUUUUUUUGCUACGGACCGAAUUACAGCAGCAAAAUAUUUCUCCACAAUAUUUUUCGUAUUUUUAUACAGUUCAUAUUAAUUAAAAAAAUGCUAAAAUAUGUAAAAAACAUAAAGAAAAGUGUGAACAACAAUUACAUACUAAAAUAAUUGCAAGUAAACGUAAAAAAGUAAAGAAAAUUCAAUUGAAAAAGUUGACGGCUACCAGUAAAAAAGAAGAAAAAAAUCAUUGAACGCGAAAAUUUCUAAAAGAAUAUGGUGUAAAAAAAGAUGGGAAAAUACAUAUAGAAAAUCAAAAGAAAAAAAAACGUGUAAAAGUGUUGCAAAAUAAAUAAUAUAGAAAAACGAGUUAAAUGAAGACAACAAGUAGAGAGAAAAUGUUUAAAAAAUUAAAAUAAUGAUAAAAGAAUUUAAUAAUUAUUUUCUAAAAUAAAAAAAAAAAACAAACGUAAAGGACAUUCAAGGAGAAUUGAGGAGGUUAAGAACAACACAACAAGCAAAAGAUAGCAAGAAAUUGAAGGAAAACAACAAAAGAAACGAGUGGAUAAAGAGAAAAAGUAAAAGAAAGGAAUUGUUUUUAUUACGGUUACGUGUUGUUGUACAAAUUGAAGAAAAAAGGAAUAAAAGCCAAACACACACACCACAGGACAGUGUGAGAGCGGGUGCCAGACAAAUUGUACAGCAAAACUAGAAAACAAAGUUUCAGUAAGGCCGACCGCACCCGCCAAUUAAAAAUUUCAGUUUUAUUACAAAAAAAAUCGAAAUCUUGUCAAAAUUCCACCACAAACCCCCACUACUACCAACUCCAUGCCCGUGUCCGUGGUUUGUGAGACUGCGGCCAGUGUUAAUGCCGCCCUAAGGGAAUCUUUAGGUUCAGGCGUUAGUUGUUCGGCCGCGGCCAAACAACAACAGUCAACGACAUCGUCGUCAUCACCGUCCCAACAACAAGAUGAUAAAAUGAAUGGUGGCUCUAAUGCCGAUGAUAUUGAUACAUUGCAUGGCAAACUAGUGGCAUCCGCUAAACGGGUAUUAUUGUCAAAAAUCGACUAUGAAGAAGUUACCAAUUAUGGCCAAUCUGUUUUGGAUAGUUUAAAAUCAAAAUAUAUUGUUUUAAAACCCUCGUCGGGAAAUAAUAAUUCCAUGGAAAAUGGUCGGAAUUCACCAGCAACCUGCAAUAAUAAUGGCGCAAAUGGUGACAGCGCUGCCGGUAAGUAUGCCAAUGGUAAUGCAAAUGGUGGUGGCCCAGGAACACCCAAUAAAAAAGCUCCUAAUCCAAAUGAAUUACCUGCCCCCAAGCGUAUACUCUACCCAAGAGAAAAUGUGCGUGUAGGCUGGAAGGCCACUGGACGCAAAUGGGAUGUUGGUGUGGGUAUGAUGAAUGUGGGCAAUACUUGUUAUUUAAAUUCCACACUACAAGCCAUAUUCCAUGUACCCUCCAUGGCGAAUUGGCUUAUGUCAGAUAGUGCCCACAUGGAACGUUGUGAAUCAACUGAUGCUGGUUGCAUUAUUUGUGCCAUGGCCAAAACUCUGCACGAAUCACAAAAAAGUCAAUCGGCUAUACGACCCUACUAUGUUUAUUCUAAGUUAAAAUCUAUAUGUAAACAUUUAGUUAUGGGUCGCCAGGAAGAUGCUCAUGAAUUCUUACGCUACUUGGUGGAGGCUAUGGAAAAGUCCUAUCUCUCACGUUUUCGCAACUACAAGGAGUUGGAUCAGUACAGCAAAGAAACAACACCUUUAAAUCAAAUUUUAGGUGGUUAUCUAAAAUCUGCUGUACGCUGUUUGUCCUGUAAUCAUGUCUCGGUGACAUUUCAACAUUUUCAAGAUUUACUCUUGGACAUACGCAAAGCCGAUACAGUCGAUGAAGCUUUAGAGGGUUAUUUUUCACGUGAACGUCUCGAGGAUAUGGGCUAUAAGUGUGAAGCUUGUAAGAAAAAGGUUUCAGCCACAAAACAAUUCUCUUUGGAACGUGCACCCAUUGCCUUGUGUAUACAAUUGAAACGUUUUUCAAUGUUAGGCACUAAACUAAAUAAACAAAUAACCAUAAAACCUAGACUGGAUCUAACAAAAUAUGCCUCACGUAAAAAUCCUGGCGAACAACUGACCUAUCGCCUAGUGGCCAUGGUUACACAUUUGGGUGCUUCCCAGCACUGUGGACAUUACACGGCCAUUGGUUUAACCGAAUCGGGCACCUACUAUAACUACGAUGACAGUUAUGUGCGUCCCAUAUCAAUGCAAAAUGUCUGUAAUACAAAUGCCUAUAUAAUAUUCUAUGAAAUGGAUACACAGCCACCACGAAAUGUCACGAGUACACAGGUAAGUGGGGCACAGAGCACAUCGGUGGCUUCCAGUGCCAAUCAAAAAGAGACGAUUAAAAUGAAUGGCCAUGCCUUGGGUGGUUCACCGCGUAUAAUUGGACCACAACUGCCGCCUGGUUAUAACACAAAUGUCAACGGUCCAGUAACCUCCUCUUCUACGCCUUUAACCAAUGGAGGCAGUAAAUUAUUGUUAAAUCGUUCUGCCUCCACAUCAUCCACAACUACAACAUCAACCUCAUCAUCAUCAAAUGGUGGUAGUAGUAAAAUAAUGAUACAUUUCAAAAAUAACAACAACAGUAGCAGCACUGUUAAAACCAGUGCUGCAACAUCUUCAGUAACUUGUGCCUCGGCCACCUCAUCUACAAGCAGUUCCACAUUUGAUAAUCUUAAAAAUAGCAACAACAACAAUUCUAACGGUCUUCACUUAGUGGGGACCGGGAAAUUUCAGGAAUCUACUACGAAUACGAAGUAUCCACUGGGUGUCUCAACAACUAAAAGACAAGUUAAUAAUCUUAAAAACAGUAACGAAAGUUCCUCCGAUGACGAUGACGAAAAUGAGAUUGUAAGCUCUUCAACAUCAUCACAACAAACACACAACGCUACACAAGCCACACUGCCAAGUAUGCCUAAAUUGGGUGUCGAAUCCACAAAUACAACCAGUCUAACAAAUGGUUAUGCUAAAAAAUCGCCUGCCCCCAUAAAAAGUCUUGUGCCCUACGGCUCGGAGACGGAUGAAGAAGCUGAUGUCUGUAUGUCGGCGGCUACAGCUACAAGUGUUGCUGCUGCAACUACUGCAUCCAAUGAACAGCAAAAGCGUUUAUUACCCAAUCCUUUGAAACGUAGACAGAGCUCGUCAUCGUGGUCGAGCAGUAGUUCAUCGGAUAAUGAUGACGAUGCCAAUGAUAACGAUAUAAAACCCUCGAAUGGCAUAAAAAUUAAAAAGGCUGCCUCAUCUACAGCAACUGUUUCAAAAUCACCUGCUAAAUCUGCCAACGAUGUGGCUAAGAAAUCAUCAGAUACCAUCGACGAAAUCUUCAAUAGCAUUAAACGUUCCAAUAAUACAAAUAACACAAACAACUCCACCACCACCACCUCGGGGGCCAAUGCAACUCUAAAGAAAAAAUCACAAAACCAGCAAUUUACCGUUACCUCAACCACUACCACAACAGAUUCCUCCUCAUCAGAUUCCGAUGACUGCAGCGCCAGCAAUAAUAAAACAAAGCCUACAUUUAAAAGAUCACACUCUACACCACCUUCGCCUCCAGUUGUUAAAACAAACUCUGGCAUUUGGCAAGUUACCUCUUUACAACCAGUUACCGCCUGCAUAAGUCCUACAACAUCAAUGCCUUCAUCUUCAGGUUUAUCAUUGCCUGCCGCCUCAACAGAAAUCAAAUCACCCAAAAAUCAUAAAAAUCCCUUUGCCACAAAACCCCUCCCGGUGGCCACAGAGAAUGCCAAACGCAUUAAGAAAGAUGCCACCAAUAAAACUUUCAAUGGCAACGGCUAUCAACGUAACACAGCAGCCAAUGAAUCAGCGGUUUCAGAACUUUUAAAACAAUCACAUCGCGGCUAUGGCGCACCAACUUUAAACUGGAAUGGUCAACAAAGUGAAAUUGAUAAAGAGAUCAUAAGUGAGGCACGCGAACAGCGACAACGUGACUGGGAAGAUGAAGAAGAAAAUGAAAUGGAUCGUGGCAGACAGAAAAAGGUUAAAGUGCCAAAGGAUCCAUAUGCAACAACACGAACCCCCGGUUAUAAUCCAUUCCAAGAGCAAGAAAAUCAAAAACGUUGGAAACGUUAUCAUCAUGUGGGCAGUGGCGGUGGUGGCGGAGGUUAUCGUCACAAUUUCCAACGCAAUAAAUUUAAAUUUCAACGUUUUCAACAUAAAUUUCCCAAGAAAAAUAUGAAUAACGGAGGCGGUAGUCUGGUAAAUAUGAAUAGACGUAAUGAUUAUUUAAUAUCUUCUAAACCCAAUUUGGAUUUCUUGUUAGAUUUCUUAUCAUCAUCCUCAUUUUCGGAUUCCUCAUCCGCUUCUGCUUUGCGUUUUCGUUUGGAAUUUAUGUCAAAAUCCAUGCCUGGUAUACAGUUGGCACUUUCUUCUGCAUCUUCGUCUUCAGAAUUUUGUUCGGCCGCACUUUCUUCCGAAUCCUGUGUGGUAUUGACACCCAACAUAUUGCGUUGUGCCGCCAAAUCACCGGUAGACAAUUCCACUAUCUUAACUUUAACAUCAUCAUCCUCGUAUUCAUCUUCAUUGGCCUUAUCGGCAUCCUAUUUUUACAAUAUGGAAGUGGAGCAAGCAAAUACAAGUGAACAAAAUAUCAGCAUGGAAGAGUUAAAAAUGGAGGAAGAUGAAAAUGUUAAAGAAAUUUCCAUGGAAGAGGAUAUUUUGGGUGCUCAAAGUUUGUUAAUGUCCGAAUCGGAAGAGGAAGGUAAAGAGGAUAGUAUUAACAAAAAGAACAAAAGUCCACAAAAGAAAAUUGUGGCCAAGAAAACUAAACGCAUCUUGGACAGUGAUGAUGAAGAGGAUGUGGAAAACAAACCAAUGGAUCCUGAAGAUUAUCAGACAGAAAAAUCAGUAACUAACAAAAAGAAGAUAUCUACCUUAAUUGAUUCUGACAGUGAGAAUGAUGAAAAAGAAUCUUUGGAUAAAGAAAACAAGCAAACCAAUAAAGUGGUGUCUAGCAUAAUAGAUUCUGAGGAGGAAACUGAAGUUAGUGCCAAAGUAAACUUUAAGCAAAUCAAACAGAAUCAGAAGAAAAAAUUCAAAGAGAAUAAAAAAUCGAAACAAAAAAGUAGACAUUCUGCUGAGGAAGAUCAUACAGAUACAGAGAACUCUGAUACACAAACAAAAUCCAAGAAAUCAAAGAAAAAAAGUAAAAAGACGAAAACGCAUAGUAAUUCUGAAUCGGAGGGAGAAACAAGAAAUGAAUCCAAGAAAAUUUCCUCUCUGGUAGAUAGUGAAUCUUCCGAUGCUGAAUCCCAAACCGAUGUUAAUGAAUCCGAUUUGGAAGCUUCUGCUAGAGAAGCAAAUUUUGAGGAAAAUAAUAAUAAUGAAGAAAAUUCAAAAGGAAAAGAGAAAAAACCCAAAGUUAUGAGAGCCUCUGCCAAGAAAGCUUUGGAUGAAAUGCAAGCCAUACAAAGCGAACAGCAAAGAUUACAUCGAGAGGCUCAUAUAAGUAUUCCUUAUCACAAACCCAAAAAGCAUACCUUAGAUGAAUUUCUGAAAAGACGCACUAUAAUACAACCGCAAACAUCUAGUCCUGUUGCAAACGCUGUGCAAUCAAGAAGACUUAAGAUGACAGCCGAGGAAUUAGAGGAAUAUGCUAAACUAAUGGAAGAACGCGCCAAGGAAGCAACUGAAUUCUUUAAAUCCGAAUCUGAAAGUGAAGAGGAAGAAGUUUUUAAAGACAACGAAGGUGUUCUAGACAAAACAGCAGCACCUGCUGAAAACAGUCAACAGAAUCACGAAAAUACACCAAAGGAAACAUUAGCUGAGACAAAUGAUAUUGAAAUGCAACAAAAUGUUGAAACAGAAGAGUUUAAAGAAAAUCUAGAUGGGGUACAGUUAACUGAAGAGGAAUUGGCAGAGCUUUUGGCGGAACAGGAACAUGAACAAGCUGAAGAAGAACCCGAGAGACCUACUUGUUCUAAAGUUCUUAUAACUGAAGUAAUUGAAUUGCCGAAACUGGACAUGAAUACGGUACGCAUAAGUCCCGUUAAGAAACAUACACCCCGCCCCUCUUUGAACAUCAAGCAAUUGUUGGCUGAAAAAAAUCUAUCCGGUAGCCCCUCACUUAGUGGUGAUCCUAAUAAAUUAAUCGAUUUAGAAACGGGAAAUUUAAUCGAAAAGAAAUCUACUGGAAUAGAAAAUCUUAUGGAACGUUUAAUGUCUACAGUUAAAGCACGCAAAUCGAAAACCUCCGAAGCUUGUAAUAUACUAUCGGUGGAAAAUGGCAAGCUGGAAAUAUCGAAGGUCAAUAUAAGUAUAACGGAAACAAAAGAUGUACAAAAAGAGCCCAAACCAGGAGCUGCCUAUUUUGAGUUGAAAAAGAAUCUAAAGGAGAUAAUCAAAAAGAAACGUUUAGAAGAAUUGAACAAGAAACAAGAGGAUGAAUUGGAAUACAGUAAGUGUUUGGCAGAUGAUGAUGAAGACGAGGAAAAUAAUGAAAAUGAGGAUAUGGAAGUGGAAGAAUAUGAACCGGAGAAUAAACCAAAAAAUAAAAUUGUUAUGGUUGAUGACGAGGAGAAUGCUUUAGUGGUAGAGGAUGAUGAAAAUGAAGACGAGGAAGAAGAUAAUGUAGUGGAGAUUAACAGCGAUGAAGAAGAGGCAGAAAAUGAAGAUGAAAAUAAAGACGACGAGGAGGAGGACGAUGAUGAAGAAGAAGAAGAUGAAGACGACAACGAAGACCAGAAUACUGAACCGGUAGAAAAAUCACAACGUAAAAAUCGUAUCAUCAAAGCAUUUGUUGAUUCGGACGAAGAAGAAGAAGGUGCAAAUGAUGAUAUAGAUUUUCUUAAAACACAACCACCAACUACACAACCAUCUCUCUUCGAUACCCAAGCUUCGGCAAAAACCUCUCUGGUAGAUGAAGAAAAUGAAUUGCUGGCUUUGUGUUCCGGCACAUUUGAUGCCACACAAAAAACUUCAGUUAACAACGCCUUAAUGUCACAAAUACCACUAACACAAAAUAGUGGAAAACCGGUCAAUGAUGAAGAGUUAAUGGAAUUGUGUUCGGGAACAUUCGACCAACCUACACAGACUCUGCAGCCAACACAAAUCAAUUCCAUUACAGAGAAUCCUAAGACAAAGUGCAAUAAAAUUGUAUCCAGUGAUGAAGAAAACGAUGAAGGUCAGUUGGAUAAGAAUGAAGAAAAUAAGCAAAGAGUUAAGAAAUUAACUAAGAAACUCAAGAAAAAGAAAGCAAAACUGGGAUUUUCUGAUGAUGAAACAGAGGAGGAGGAAGAGAAGGAUGAUGAAGAGGAAGAUUUGGAAGAACAGGAAUUAGAUGAUGAUGUGGUGGAAGUUGAGGAGGCUGAAGAACCAGAAACUUUUGUGGACUAUGAUUCAGAAGAAAAUGAAGUUAUAGUGCAAAUGACUAAAAAGGACAAAGUAAAACAGGCCCAAAACUUUUUCGAAAAAGAAGCUGAACUUUCCGAAUCCGAAUGGGGCAGUGCUGAUGAAGAUGAAAAGAAUUUAGACAAUUAUGAUAUUGAAUUGGGUGAUGAAGACGAAUUUGACAAAGAAAAAUUGCAGACAGAAUUGGGACAAAUUCAUGCACGCAAAAUGUUAGAUGAGGAUCUACGCGAAGUACGUAAAAUCCAAGAAAUGCUAUUCGAAGACGAAGAAAAAGAUGGUGUGGGUCGACAAAGAACUUUUAAGUGGAAAAAUGCUGAAAGUGGUUUUAGCCUAGACGAUGGCCGUCCCUUAGAUGAAAAUGCUGAUGGACAAAAUGGUGAUAGCGGUGAUGAGAUCAGUGAACAUCAGUGGCGUAAGAUACGUUACGAACGUGAACAAUUUCUUAAAGAACAGGGUCUUAAACCCGACUCUCAAGAUAUGUCUACCGUAUUGCCCAAUACCACUAUACCGUCACUCAACAAUAGCACAACAACGAGCACAAUACCGACGAAAAAGUUACAAAUAAUAACUGCAAAAAAGACUUCAGUAUCCCACUCCUCAGAUUCUAAGAAAGCUUCACCUUUCCUUAUAUCAAAAGGUAUUUCGUCCAUGCAUAAGAAAAGCGUACGUGGAUCAUUUCUGGUGCGCGACAAAGAAACUCUUAAUAAAUUGGCUGGCCUUACAAAAGGCGCAUCUGCCGUUGCUGCCUCUGAUAUGGAUGAUACAGCUGGUACUGUUUCCAUUAAAAGUAUUAAGCCCAAAAAUUUUGUCUUUGCUACGCUCACCGAAGAGGAGCAUGAAAACCUUAAACGUAAGGCCGAUGAUUUGUUGAAUAGUAGUAAUGAAAAUGGUAAAAACUUUAUGAAGAAACCAAGAAUUGAACCGCGUCGCGAUAAAUGUUUUAUAGAUCAAUUAUUAUAAAGUGAUUGGUAUUUAGCAUUAGUAGAAGUUAUAGAAUAUCGCGGGUGCUUGAUCAAAUUUUAUUUAUUUGAUUUCUUAGUAGUAGGUUUAAUGUGUAAGAAUGUAUUGUAUAUGUAUGAGUUUAUAACUAAUAAAAAUAAAAGCGACAAAAGCAUCGUAAA